AUGGCUACCCCAGUACACUCUACCGCCCAUGCUGCCCAGAUCCCAGCCCUGGACAGCCCUCACGCGAGUGAUGAGAAGAAACCAAAAGAAAAGAAGGGAAAACCAGCAUCUACAUCUACAUACCCCCUAGAAUUACAACCACGACCAGCAUUUUUCGAUCAUCGUAUAAAAAUAUUCGACGAGCUCAAGGCGGAAUACGAUGAGUUUGUCAAAUCUCAACCCAGAGAGGAAAUCGUCAUUACCAUGCCUGAUGGUUCGGAACGGAAAGGAAAAAGUUGGGAAACGAGCCCUAUGGACGUAGCAAAGGAGGUUUCAAAGAGCUUGUCAGAAAGAAUUGUCAUCGCAAAGGUUGAUGGAGAGCUUUGGGACCUCGACCGACCGCUGGAAAAGGCAUGCAAACUGGAACUUCUUGAUUUUGAACACCCAGAAGGAAAGAAAGUCUUCUGGCACUCUUCUGCGCACGUUCUCGGAGAGGCUGCUGAACGACACUAUGGCUGUCAUCUCUGUCUUGGCCCCCCUACGGAUGAGGGAUUCUUCUAUGAAAUGGCAAUUGAAGAACGCCCAGUCACCAACGCUGACUAUCCCGCGCUGGAGAAGGUUUCCGAAGCAGCCAUCAAGGAGAAGCAGAAGUUUGAGAGGCUAGUCGUGUCAAAGGAGAAACUCCUUGAGAUGUUCAACUACAAUAAAUACAAACAGUACCUCAUCCAGACCAAAGUUCCUGACGGCACGUCCACCACCGUAUAUCGGUGCGGUCCCAUGGUCGAUCUUUGUGUUGGCCCACACAUCCCACAUACUGGCAAGAUCAAGGCUUUCAUGGUUACCAAGAACUCUGCAUCCUACUUUCUCGGAGACGCGAACAACGACUCUUUACAACGGAUCUACGGUAUCUCUUUCCCCGACAAGAAGCAGCUCGCAGAUUACAAAGUCUUCCUCGCUGAGGCUGCUAAGCGUGAUCACCGCAAAAUUGGCAAGGACCAAGAGCUGUUCUUCUUCAACGAUCUCAGCCCUGGAAGCUGUUUCUUCCUCCCUCACGGAACGCGGAUAUACAAUUCACUUGUAGAACUCAUGCGAAGUGAAUACUUCAAGCGUGGAUACCAAGAAGUCAUCUCCCCCAACAUGUACAACAGCAAACUUUGGGAGACAUCGGGUCAUUGGCAGAACUACAAGGACGAUAUGUUCUUGCUUGACGUUGAGAAAGAAAAAUGGGCACUCAAGCCGAUGAAUUGCCCUGGUCACUGCUUAAUUUUUGACUCGAGAGAUCGAAGUUACAAAGAACUGCCCAUACGUAUGGCCGAGUUCGGUAUCAUCCACCGAAACGAAGCCAGUGGUGCUUUGACUGGUUUGACCCGCGUGAGGAGAUUCGUGCAAGAUGAUACCCAUGUCUUUUGUAUGCCCUCCCAGCUCGAAGAAGAGAUCAGCAUGCUUUUCGAUUUCAUGCAGCACAUCUAUGGUCUCUUUGGCUUCGAUUUCCGCCUGGAAUUGUCCACACGUCCAGACAACUACCUCGGCACCAUUGAGACUUGGGAUCAAGCUGAAGCGCAACUGAAACUAGCGCUUGAAAAGCAUUAUCCUGGUAAAUGGGACCUGAACCCAGGUGAUGGUGCCUUCUAUGGGCCAAAGAUCGACAUCACCAUUCGCGAUGCCCUGCGUCGUUCAUUCCAGUGCGCCACCAUCCAGCUUGACUUCCAGCUUCCGGAGCGCUUCAACCUCAAGUACCGGUCAGCCGAGGAGGCGCACAACAGGCCUGUCAUUAUCCAUCGUGCGAUCCUUGGCAGUCUCGAACGAUUCAUAGCGAUAAUCACGGAGCAUUUUGCCGGAAAGUGGCCCUUCUGGAUAUCGCCUCGACAGGUGCUCGUCAUACCCGUCGCGGCCCCUUAUAAAGAAUACGCUGCGGAAAUCACUGAACGCUUGACAUCGCUCGGACUUUUCGCUGACGUGGACAACGGAGAGAAUACCCUACCGAAGAAGAUCCGUAAUGGAGAGAUUGCGCAGUACAACUUUAUACUUGUCGUGGGUCAGGAGGAGCUUGAUGCUCGUUCCGUGAACGUACGCAACCGUGAUGACGUUGGUACCAAGGCCAAGGGCGAAAUGGUGCCUCUAAAUCUGAUCGUUGAGAAACUGGUGGCAUUGAAGAAAUCGCGGAGCCUAGAUAACAAACUUGUAUAAUACGGUGGUUGUUCUAGAUCUGGAGCACAGGAUUCAGAACUCUAGGAUAUAGAAUCAAGACUUGUCAGG